GUGGGGGGUUUGGUUGUUGUGCUAACGUAGCAUUUCUGCGAGCUGCUCCAUAACCUUGCCGAACAAACCGGACGGUGAGCGGGUGGUUUUCCGUGGCUGCUCCGCGGCGGAGCGUGCUUUCACUCCCCCCGACCCCUCGGCGCGAGUGUUUUCAGCGGCGGCUGCGUUAGCUCGCAGGUUCGCUAACUUCCAGUCUCAGCUAGCGAGCUAAAUAGCCACGACCACGAAUUAGCUGACAUGCUAACGCUGAGCACACUGACCUGGCAUCAUGCAUUUUUUUUUUUUAAUUUAAUUCCCUCGCUCUCUCCGCGGUGUGUUCCUCCGCCUGGCUCGGGGGCUGUUCGCGGUGGAAGCCGACGGACGGAGGAGCCGUGUGUGUGACGGUCUUUUCAGUUCAACUUCCCGCAUAACUUGACGUUAAUGCGACGUUACCGUUGAACAGAGGCUAGUGCUAGCUUGCUGGCUAGCUAGCGUUCUUCCUGACCUAACCGUCAGGCACCGCUAAAAUCGAUCGGACUUUAUAACUUUAAUAAUUCUGCUCUCUUGAUUUAACGAUGGCGCAUUUUGUGUAGAGCAAAACAAAAAGCACCGGUUGUGUUAUCGGCCGCGAUCGGGAUCGUUUUCUCGCCUUGAACGUCAGUUAGCCAACACGCUCGGCUCGGUCCCGGUCAGAGAGGGGACUGUCAGCGGCCACCCUCCAGACACAAACCCGCCUUUACUGACCCCGUCUACCGACCAUUUAGUCUGGGGGGGGUGGGGGGUGUCGUUUGCCUGCCUCAUAGCUUCCGAGCCAGCGCGAAAGCCGGCGUCCGCCAUCGGGGCAAGCGAAAGCCGAGAACGGAUCGCGUUAAGCUCGGUGUUUGGUUAGAGAGGGGGAGGGGAUGAGGCAGGGCUACAGCGAGAGACAGCGCCUACACGCCCGGAGAACAAGUGUUGGCUGGCGGCUCCUUUGACUAUGUGUAUACAAUGAAGAGGCGCGUGGAGGACCAGGAACCGAUAUUUGCACCCCAGCAGCAGCAAACACGUCGUCCCCCAGUUCAGGGUAUUGCCGAGAGCUUCCAGCACCGGGCCCUCGCCCCGGCCCCUCCUGUGAUAGAGGCAGCCGCAGACACCAUGCAGCCAUCCACCGGCAUUCAGUAUUCUCUCCCCCAGGGCUACCAGGUGCCCACAAUGCCCCAGAGCACAAGUGGACAUGGACACAACACUGCUCCACAUGUUGGUCCCCACGCACACAGUCUGGCAGUUCAGUCACAGGGUCCUGCAGUGGUCCAAGGCCACGUUCAUCCACCCGCACCCUUAACCUCUACUCAAGGACAGCAGCAGUUUCAGCGACUGAAGGUUGAAGAUGCCUUGUCCUAUCUGGAUCAAGUGAAGCUGCAAUUUGGGAAUCAUCCACAAGUUUAUAAUGAUUUUCUUGACAUCAUGAAAGAGUUUAAGUCACAGAGCAUUGACACUCCUGGAGUCAUCAACCGCGUGUCCCAGCUCUUCAAGGGUCACCCAGACCUCAUUAUGGGUUUUAACACUUUUCUGCCCCCUGGAUACAAGAUUGAGGUUCAAACCAACGAUCUAGUGAACGUGACCACGCCGGGUCAGAUCCACUACAUCACCCCACAUGGUAUUUCUGUUCAGAACAUCCCUAUAAGUGGAGCAUCCAGCCAGCCUGCAAGCCAUCACCAGCACCAGAGUCUGCCACAGGCUGCCCCACAAACUACCAUCCCCCCCACCACUACCACCACCACCACCACCAACCCCCCACCCGUCCCAGCCCAACCUGCUCCAAAUAAAACCAGCAAGCCAAUUCAGUCUCCAGCCCACACACCCACGAGCCAGCCCAAUCCAUCCAUCCCAUCCUUUGCCUCACCGCGCUCACCAACUGUUCAGUCCCACACUCCUGUGAGCAGCACGCCGUCUGGGGGGCCACCGCUCCAGAACAACCAGCCUGUGGAGUUUAACCAUGCUAUAAACUAUGUCAACAAGAUCAAGAACCGCUUCCAGGGUCAGCCAGACAUCUACAAAUCCUUCCUGGAAAUCCUCCACACAUACCAGAAGGAGCAAAGAAAUGCUAAAGAGGCAGGAGGUAACUACACUCCCACACUGACUGAGCAGGAGGUCUACACUCAGGUGGCAAAGCUCUUCAAGAACCAGGAGGACCUGCUCUCGGAGUUUGGACAGUUCCUGCCUGACGCAAACAGCUCAAUGCUGCUGGGCAAGACUGCACCCGACAGGGCCGAGUCUGUGCGUAAUGAUCAUGGUGGGACAGUGAAGAGACCCUUAUUGAACAACAAACAAAGGCUGAGCCAGAACGGCCUCCCGAUCAGAAGACCAGCAGGAGUGGGAGCCACACCGCCGGUCAAGAAGAAACCCAAAAUAAUGGGGAAGGACCACAGCAUGAGUGAAGUCAGCAAACACAGCACCAGCACUGAAACCAUGUUCUUCGAGAAGGUGAAGAAGGCUCUUCGGAGCACAGAGGGGUAUGACAACUUCCUCCGAUGUCUGCAUAUUUUCAAUCAGGAAGUAAUUUCUCGUGCUGAGCUGGUCCAGUUAGUCAUCCCAUUUCUUGGAAAAUUCCCAGAGCUUUUUACUUGGUUUAAAAACUUCCUGGGCUACCGAGAGUUCAGUCACGGGGAGUCGAGCCAUGCAGAGAGUUUACCCAAGGAGCGUGCAACAGAGGGCAUCGCCAUGGAGAUUGACUACGCUUCCUGCAAGAGGCUGGGGUCCAGCUAUAGAGCACUGCCCAAGAGCUACCAGCAGCCAAAGUGCACAGGACGGACGCCACUGUGCAGAGAGGUUCUGAAUGACACGUGGGUGUCGUUUCCAUCGUGGUCUGAGGAUUCUACAUUUGUGAGCUCCAAGAAGACUCAAUAUGAGGAGCACAUUUACAGAUGUGAGGAUGAGCGCUUUGAGCUGGAUGUUGUGUUGGAGACCAACCUUUCCACAAUACGAGCCCUGGAGUCGGUGCAGCGGAAGCUUUCGCGCAUGUCGGCCGAGGAGCAGCUGCGCUUCAAGCUGGACAACACAAUGGGUGGCUCCUCAGAGGUCAUUCACCGCAAAGCCAUCCAGAGGAUAUAUGGGGACAAGGCCAAUGACAUCAUUGACGGGCUUAAGAAGAACCCAGCUGUGUCUGUCCCCAUAGUGCUGAAAAGGUUAAAGAUUAAGGAGGAGGAGUGGAGAGAAGCCCAGAGAGGAUUCAACAAAAUCUGGCAGGAGCAGAAUGAAAAGUAUUACCUGAAGUCACUCGACCAUCAAGGCAUCAACUUCAAGCAGAAUGACACCAAAGUGCUGCGUUCAAAGACCUUGCUCAAUGAAAUCGAGUUGCUAUAUGAUGACCGUCAGGAGCGAGCAUCCGAGGAAACCACCACGCCGGCACCGAGCGGGCCGCACAUGACCCUGACCUACGACGACAGCCAGAUCCUGGAAGACGCGGCUGCCCUCAUCAUCCACCAUGUCAAAAGACAAGUGGGCAUCCAGAAAGAAGACAAGUACAAGAUCAAACAGAUCAUCCACCACUUCAUCCCCGACCUGCUGUUUGCUCAGCGAGGUGAGCUCUCGGACGCAGAGGAGGAGGACGAGGAGGAGGAAGAAGACUUAGAGAUGGAUCAAGACAGCCCCAAGAAGCACAACGGCCUGCCAGGCAGCAGCCCAUCAAAGUCGAAGCUCCUCUUCAGCAACAUGGCCGCUCAGAAGCUGCGCGGCACAGAUGACGCCUAUAACCUGUUCUUUGUGAACAACUACUGGUAUAUCUUCCUUCGUCUACACCACAUCCUCUGUUCUCGUUUGCUGCGAAUCUACGGGCAGGCCGAGAAGCAGAUUGAAGAGGAUUCCCGCGAGCGAGAGUGGGAGAGAGAAGUGUUGGGGAUCAAAAGGGAGAAAAGUGAAAAUCCAGCAAUCCAACUGAAAAUGAAGGAGCCAAUGGACAUUGAUGUAGACGACUACUACUCAGUGUUUCUGGAAAUGGUGCGCAACCUUUUGGAUGGAAACAUGGAGCCGGCUCAGUAUGAGGACUCCCUGAGGGAAAUGUUUACUAUCCAUGCCUACGUUGCCUUCACCAUGGAUAAACUCAUCCAAAGCAUUGUCCGGCAGCUCCAGCACCUCGUCACUGAUGACGUGUGCGCACGUGUAACUGACAUGUACCUGAGUGAAUGUGCCAAUAAAGCGACAGGCGGCACACUGUCCACGCAGACGUCCAGGUCCACAGCAGAGGGCGUCUACCAGCGCAAGGCAGAGCAGCUUAUGUCAGAUGAGAACAGCUUCAAGCUGAUGUUUGUAAAGAGUCGAGGAUCUGUCAGCAUGGCCAUGGAGCUGCUGGACACAGAAGAGGAGAACUCCGAUGAGCCAGCGGAGGCAGAGAGGUGGUCAGACUACGUGAGUAGAUACCUGAACUCAGACUCUGCAUCCCCAGAGCUGCGUGAACAUCUGGCCCAGAAGCCGGUGUUCCUCCCCAGGAAUUUGAGGCAGAUCAGGAAGUGCCAGAGAGGAUGGGAGCAGCUGCGGCGGGAGAGAAUGACCAAGGCCCCCUCGGACAAGUCGCAGGAACGUAACAGUGCGCUGAAGAUGGAGUGCAUGUUCAAGCUCAACUCCUACAAGAUGGUCUAUGUCUGCAAGUCAGAAGAUUAUAUGUACAGGCACACAGCUCUCACACGGGCCCAUCAGUCUCAUAAGCGAGUGAACAGGCGGCUGCACAGACGCUUCCAGGCCUGGGUGGACACCUGGGCCGAAGAACACGUGACCAGCGACAUGGCCUCCGACAGUCAGAAGUGGCUGAUGGGAGAUGAACAAGAGGACCUGUUGCCCUGCACCACCACCCGCUGCCCGGAGGUCCUCCAUUAUCUCAACGUUAACAAGUACCGGGUGAAGUACAGAACACUGUAGUCUCUCAGCUGAGGAACAACACAUGCGAUGAAGUCUAACGCGUCGGCUUCACGCGGAUUUCUCCAACCUGCGGUUCCUCAGUUGCCAACAGAUUUGGGUCGAUCCACCGUUUGAAGGGGAUUUAAAUUUUCCACAAAAUGUGUCAGAGAACGUCGCCUCAACUUUCGAGCUUUCACCACAAAGUCUGUAAUUUAAUGCGAAAACAGAAUUUUUGCAGGUUUUGCCGUCACCACAUAUAAAAUAAAGGUUUUUCUGCCUCACAUCCGAUGAACACACAAAGAAAACCUCUUCUCUUCGGUGUGUUCAGAGUUUCACAGAAAGUUAACAAUGAAAUAGGAGUUUUUUUCAGGGCCGCCUCAUCAUUUCACAGGAUAUCGAAACAAAAAACCUCAGCUCUUCUCUCCGGUAGCAACGACACGUACCUGUUACCUCGGUUAACGUGAGUACUCGGAGCUUGAUCUGGCUCCCAGCUGUAAACUUGUAUAGCCUGUGAAUGUUCUCCUCUGUGGUGAAGGUGCAGCUGCCAGCACCGUGUUUCCACCAUUGUAAUUUAUGACCGCCCAAAUAUUUUGUGUAAAUAUGUUGUUUAUAUCUAGAUUGUUUUUUUAAAUCAAAUGUCGUUUAUGCGUAGCGUACAUAGAGAUGUGCAUAGUAUGAAUUUUUAGGUAGAAGGUGCAGAGAAGUUUAUUCAGAAAAUCAUUUUAUCUGUUUUUUUACCAAAGGAUGUUCGUGAGAGACCGUUUACGUUUUGUGGUCUGUCGAACUCGUCCCUGACGUCCUUCACAACUUUCCAUUUUAUACGUGUUUGUUUCGAUGGAAGGUGAUUGAAUGUAGCUAAGCAGCAAUUUCCCCUUUUUCAAAGUACAGUGUUUGUCCAGGUUUCAAAGUACUGAAGUCUAAACAGUACCAUCAACUUCUCCUCGUAUUUAAACUUUACCAAAUGUUAGAAUCUGAAUUCCAGGUUCUCUGGUCUCAUAAUUUAACGCCUAUAUAAACCAUACGUGAGCUGUGUUUAUUUUUUAUGUGCAGUGUUGAUGACGAGCACUGACGGAUGUGUAGUUUAUAUGAGAAUGUGACUUGUGUACCACAUAGAGGGAGAAAAGAGCAAUAAUUCCUUCAGUUACAGUUUAUUAAAGCUGUCGGUUUGUAUUUUCUGCCGAAACACAAACGUGAAUGUCGUGUCCCUGGAACGAGGGAAGAGAAUGGAGGAUUUUCCUUGUUUUGAUUGAACUUUCCUCUCUGCAGUUUGCAGUUUUGAUAAAACUGGAAUUGGCUGUGUGUGUAUUGUAGUGGAGGUCAGAAAAGCAACAAGCUCCUCACGUUAACAUUCACCAAACCAGUGCGAUCAGUAUAAUAUCUGUAAUAACACGGAUGGAAGGAUUGAACGUGUGUAAAGUUCAGUGACGCUCACUGAACUUUACACACGUCACCUGAACUCCAUGUACAAGCCGCUGUGGACAAUCUUUGAACACUUAAUUACUUGGGUUUUUAUUUUUAUAACUAUGCCGUGUUUGUUACUGAACCAUAGAAAGUCCCGGGAGCUGACUGUACAUAAAGACCUUGUUUGUGUCUCCUCUCCGACCUUUACGAUGUUGUACAUGAGUGUUAGAACGGUGUUUUGCAUUAAACGAUCCUUUGAAUAGA